AUGUCUGACAUGGAAGAUGAUUUCAUGUGUGAUGAUGAGGAGGACUACGACCUAGAAUACUCUGAAGAUAGUAACUCUAAGCCAAAUGUGGAUUUGGAAAAUCAGUACUAUAAUUCCAAAGCAUUAAAAAAAAAUGACCCAAAAGCAGCAUUAAGCAGUUUCCAAAAGGUUUUGAAACUUGAAGGUGAAAAAGGAGAAUGGGGAUUUGAAGCACUGAAACAAAUGAUUAACUUCAAGGUGACAAACUUUCCAGAAAUGAUGAAUAGAUAUAAACAACUAUUGACCUAUAUUCAGAGAGCAGUCACAAGAAAUUACUCUGAAAAAUCCUUAAAUUCUAUUCUUGACUAUAUCUCCAUUUCUAAACAGAUGGAUUUACUGCAGGAAAUUUAUAAAACAACACUGGAAACUUUGAAAGAUGCUAAGAAUAAUAGACUGUGGUUUAAAACAAACACAAAGCUUGAAAAAUUAUAUUUAGAAUGAGAGGAAUAUGGAAUGCUUCAAAAAAUUUUAUAUCAUUUACAUCAAUCCUGUCACACUGAUGAUGGAGAAGAUGACCUGAAGAAAGGUACACAAUUGUGAGAAAUAAAUGCUUUGGAAACUCAAAUGUACACAGCACAAUAAAAGAACAAGAAACUUGAAGCACUCUAUGAACAGUCACUUCACAUCAAGUCUGCCAUCCCUCAUCCACUGAUCAUGGGAGUCAUCAGAGAAUGUGGUGGUAAAAUGCACUUGAGAGAAGGUAAAUUUGAAAAGGCACAUACUAAUGUUUUUGAAGCUUUCAAAAAUUAUGAUGAAUCAAGAAGUCCUAAACAAACCACUUACUUAAAAUAUUUGGUCUUGGUAAAUAUGGUAAUGAAAUUGGGAAUAAAUUCAUUUGAUUCACAGGAGGCCAAAUCAUACAAGAAUUAUCCAGAAAUUCUGGCAAUGAUGAAUCUAGUAAGUGCCUAUCAGAAUAAUGACAUCAUUGAAUUUGAAAAGGUUCUGAAAAAAAAUCACAGCAACAUCAUGGACGAUGUUUUCAUAAAAGCAUACAAAGAACUUUUGAAAAAAAACAUCAGAACACAAGUGUUCAUAAAUAGAAUUAAGACUUACAGAAGAAUACAAAUACCUUUUAUUUCUAAGGAGUUAAACAUAGAUGUAGCUGAUAUGGAGAGCUUGCUGCUGCAGAGCAUAUUGGGAUAACACUAUUCUUUUUUUUGAGAGGAUAAAACUAUUAAUGGACAAAUAGAUCAAGCCAACCAACUCCUUGAACUAGAUCAUCAGAAGAGGGGUGGUGCACAACAUACUGCACUACAUAAAUGGACCAAUCAACUAAAUUCUCCCAACCAGGCUGUAGUCAGUAAACUGGUUUAACGGAGAACAAGCUUUUACAGACGUACUUAAGGCAACAGUGCAGAGAUGUAAUCCUUAAAAGAACUGGGAAUGGCAAAACUACUGUCGGUUGAUGUGUCCUGAAAAUUAUUGGAGUUAUGGCAGAAGUGCUUUUUUGAUCAACUGGUUUGUGUUUUGCUGCUGCAUUUAUCCCAAGAAAAAACAGCUUUAAUCUCCAGAAGAAAACCAAAAUAUCAUGGGAUUUAUGCUGUAUUGACAUCUUGCCCUAAACACACAACAUCAUAGUAAUUUGUCAUGGGCAACAUGACCAGAGAGAAGAUUUUUGUCAUGAUUUUAAAUACACUGACACGCUACUGGUGGUUAAAUUUAAACAUGUUUUACCUGCAGAAAUUCUCUCACAAAUAACCUGCAAUAACUUGAAAUGCAUACCCUUUUGAACACUUCCUUUUCUCAUGUAUAAAUUAAAA